UGUAAUAUUUUUAGGUGUGUUGAAAUUGAAAUCGCUUAGCGGCACCAUAAUACAUCAUGGGUAAAAAGAAGGCGUUUUUGGAUAAAAAGAAUGCAAUACAUUAUCGUCUUGUACCAAAAACUACAGCGGAAGCGCAUCCACAUGAAGAGAAGGUGUUUCAUCCCACUCAGGAACAGUUAGAGGAGCAACAUAAAUAUGGGAUCUUUUUUGAUGACGAUUAUGACUAUAUGCAACAUUUGAGAGAUAUAAGAGAGGCAGGAACUUUACAAACCAUAGAAGAGCUGGCUCAACAAGAAGAAAGGUUUAUAGUAAGAGCACCUAAGUUUCCACCACCCAUACCAUCGGCUUUGUUUGGAGAAAACCCGAUAGCUGCAUUAACGAAGAUGGAAGAAGAGGAGAUUUUUGAUGAAGAUGUAGAAAAAGCAUUAGAGGGAAACUUCGAGGGAGAGAUAGAGGGUGGCUUAGAGGACGACUUCGUAGCCCUUGCCGGCGGCUUGGCUGAACCUGUACCAAAGUCGCACACACAACCUCGAGAACCGGUUGUACAUUUUGAGAGCGAUGAGGAUGACGAAGAGUCGGACUAUGAUGAAGAUAAUUAUGAUGACGAAGACGGGGAAUCGACUCAAACAAAAAAGGUGCAGCGCGAAGGACCGCGUCGAGAGAUUGACGAUCGGUUUGAUCAGCUGCUUGAAGCUGACUAUCACGAUGAUCAGUUAGGAGAGUUGGAUGGGGAUGAUUAUCAAGUCGGAGGCACACUAGAACCAGACGAUGAACGAGUAAAACGGAUGAUAAAAGAGAGUCAAAAGGGUCCCGUUGAUGAUGAAGAGGCAUCGAAAGAAUGGACUAGGCAACGGUUGCGUCUAAUUGAGGCGAAUGUGAUCAAAGACGAUGACGUUAUGGAAACUGUUGAGGUUGAUGAAUCAGCAUCGAAACGAUUGAAAUGGGAUUGUGAGUCCUACGCAACCCAAUACUCCAACGUCUAUAAUCACCCUACUCUCAUUCAAAACCCAAAAACUGGCAAACUGUCUCGUCGCGCACUGAAACGACUCGAUCGUGAAGCGCAAAAAGUUGACGAUAUGGAAGUGGACGAAGAAAUGCAGAGUAACGAAGAUGACACGAUGAGUCAAUGCACGCAAGCGUCGACGUACAGGCCCAAAGGAGAAACGCCUGAGCAGCGACGUCUGCGAAAGCAAGCUGUUAAAGAAGCUCGGCGAUGGCGUAGGCAAGAGAAGAAGGGUAAUAAGAUGGCUUUUGCGGAAGAACAUCGGAAGGUAGCCAAGGAACGCGUAGGUCAGGUGAAAGCUGUGCCAAUAGUUUAGAUACACUCUCUCCUUCUCCGCUGUACCAUAUGUUGAUGCGACCAACCACUGUUGCUUUGGUGUUAUGAUUUAUCGAUGAUGUUGCAAAUUUUCCCU